UGGCGCCGAAUCUCCUGCCGGCGAGCAGCUGCACCCGGGCGGCGUUGCUGAAAAGGGGGAGGAGGGAGGAGGUCUCUGUUCCGCGAGCCUCGGCGUUUCCUCGCGCCAGCGCUGGAAGAGGAAGGCGGGUUUCCCGUGAGGCAACAGCAGCAGCAGCAACUUUUGCUUUCGCAACUCUGCCGGCAGCUGCGCAAGCGGCGAGCUGCUCCGCUCUCGGACUCGCUGCGAGGGUCCCGCGCCACCUGCCUCGCCCCGUCAGCAUGAGUUUGUGGGCUCGCGUGGGCAUCUUGGGCACCCUGGCGUACUGCGUAGCGAGCAAGAGGAGAGCCCUGGCCGAGCCCAGGAGGAGCAAAGCGCCGCGCGGAAGCGGCGACGGCGACGACCCGCUGGAGCUCAAGCUGGUGCAGGUUCUUUUCCGGCACGGCGCCCGCACUCCGCUGAGACCCAUCCCCGAUGUGGAGCAGGUGGCAUGGGACCCUGCUCUUUUGGAGACGCCUGCCGAAACAAAGUUUGACUACACAGUAACGAACCUGGCUGGUGGGCCAAGACCUUAUUCUCCUUUCGAAGAAAGCUACAAAAAAACAGUGCUGAAGGGCGGAGUGAAUGCAGGCCAGCUGACGAAAGUAGGAAUGCAGCAGACGUUUGCACUGGGGAAACGGCUAAGGAGACGUUACAUUGAGGAGACCCAUUUCCUCUCGCCAGCAUUCAAACCUUCUGAGGUCUUUGUCCGUUCCACUAACAUUGUUCGGAAUCUGGAGUCCACGCGGUGUUUGCUAGCUGGGCUGUUCCAACAGCAGAAAGAAGGACCCAUUACCAUAGUUACAGAUGAAGCAGACUCUGAAAUCCUUUAUCCCAACCCAGUGAACUGCCAUGGACUGAAAGUCAUGAACAGAGAGAGGCUGGCCAAUGUGCUGCUUCUGCAGCCAGGAAUUGCGGAGGAUCUGAAGACCAUUAAAGAGAAGAUGGGCCUUGACAGCAAGAAUGGGGCGGACUUCUUUCUCCUUUUUGACAACAUUUUUGCGGAACAGGCACACAAUCUGCCUAGUUGCCCUAUUCUGAAGAGUUUCAUGGAACUGAUCGAACAGAGGGCUAUAGACUCACUCCUUUAUGUCACAAAAUUGAAUUUAAGAGAGACUCUCAAGAUGUCAGUUGGUCCUCUACUCAAUAUAAUAGAGAAGAACAUUAAGGCGGCAAUGAACCCUUCCUCUCCUGAAAUCAAGGCCAGAAAGCUUGCUCUGUAUGCUAUUCAUGAUGUUACCCUCUUCCCACUGCUACUGGCUCUGGGGGUCUUUGAUUCCAAGUGGCCUCCAUACGCAGCAGACAUGACAAUAGAACUUUACCAGCGUUCCAAGGACUGGUUUAUACGGCUGCUCUACAAUGGAGAGGAGCUGGUUCCAAGAGGAUGCAGAGCUGGUCUCUGUCCGCUGGAGGAUUUUCUAAAUGCCCUUUCAACUUACAGUGCUAAUCCAGAGGAAUAUAAAAUGCUUUGCUCUCAGUGAGAAGAGGUGUAAAACAGAUAAAUGAUUAGUAAUACUAAAACAUUAUUCACAACAUUUGUCUUUUCAAACGCCAUAAAGAAAAGUGUCAUUCACUUGUGGUUUAACUCUGGUAACAGGACAGUUCAAGUAAUGUAAAGUAUAACAGGGAUGAAUGCUGCUGCUACAUUUUGGAAAUUGGGUCCCUGGCUGCGAUAAGAGUUGGUGGUGGCUUAAUAUCCAAAAAGUUGUUACUGUAACCCAGUUUUUCAAAUUAAUGGAAUCUUGCAGAUGGCAGCCAAGUGAUGGCCCUCUGCUGACAGAAGGCAUACACCAGUGAAAAGGGGAGGCAAGGCAAUUUUAAAUAAUCCCUGCCCCUAGCCAAAGCUGCUCCAAAAGAUCCCAACCCGGAAACGGGGGGUUCCUGAAAAUUGCCUAUCAGUAAGAGAACAUUAAUUGGACACCAACCACUCUGCACCUACUGCUACAUUUGCUUUUGAGCUCCACUAAGACAUUCAAUGUGCUGAAGCUAGUGCUACUCUUUGUUUUAAGUUCCCUGUGGUCCUUUAGCAGCUAAACUGAACCACUAAACUAGUCUUUCAAAAUUCUCAAUUAAGGCAUUUUACUGGAGCUUAACUUUCAUUCCAGGACACCUAUAUAUAGCCUUGCUGCUGUCAGAAGCUACAGCCAUUAGCAGGGCAAAGUCUCUUUCCUUGGAACCUUCAACCAACCACUUUAUUAUAAUUAUUGCCAUAUUCACUUUAUAACCGAAGUGUUGCUUGAUACGGCUAGGUAGGCCAGAGGUGAACUGUUGUGGAAAUGCUACAGUUAGCUAAAAUGCAAAAACAUGGAAGUGGGCCGAUAGAAGCCUGGAAAGAUGUAAUUGGAUACAAGCACUUUGUCAGACUGAAUGCUAAAAGCAGGCAGCAAUGUUAAUAUAACCAACCCAAAGACAAGACAGGUGGAUAGUCACUGGGUAUUCAAAAUGGCUGUUACUUGUUGUAACAGAAGCAUGUUGAAUCAGAUUGGUGUUGUGCCCUGUGGGUUAUAGGGAAUACAAAUUGACGACCCGAAGCAGUGCGAAUGCUACAGCAACCUCUGUACCUGAAACAUAGGGUUAGUAAUAGUUUGCUCCCUGUAGUAAAAGGGAAAUGAAACCUGGAAGAACCUGUUUUGUGUAGCUGGAGAAAACUUGACACAUCACAAAUAUGGAUCUUCCAAAGGAAUACUGGGGUAGGUGAGGUUAGUUGUUGAAACAGACUUGAAAAUAAAGAGGUAAGAAGUCUCAAGGUUUUUAUAUACAAAGGUGCUAGCUCACUGGCCCUUUCCUAAUGAAUGUAAACAGAUACCAAACUCAUGGCUGUUCAAAUAUUCAGUUGAUACUAUGAUUGUAUUACAACUGAUUCCGAGGAAAUGGGAGUUACUACCUACAGCUUGAUCAGUACUCAGGCUUUGGAGUUGGAGAUCUUCAUCUGAAACUUAUUUUGGAUUACUGAAGGUAAACAUUUUACAACUUAA